UUAGCAGUUUCUUGUCUGUGUUCAUUUAAUUGUACUUUACGGUAAUUUACUGUAAAUAGUCUUUGCCAACCUGAUUGUACUUCUCUGGAUUCUUCAGUAUCAGUUAAUCAGUCCGUUGUCGCAACAGUAUUCCUAUAAUAUUUAAAUAGUAACUAGCAGUGUACCAUUUGGGCAAUACAAAAAUUGUCAACAUUUUUCUGUACUGUUUUAUGCAGAGGUGUCCUUCCCUUUUAUAUCUCUGGAUGUACUGCAAUGGCAUCAAUGUAGGCAUCAAAUGUGUGGCCAUAGAUCCUGUCGCCAUCAGAAAGCAGCAACGUGCACAGGACACAAAGUUCAGGCUUCAUGGAGAUGAAGCUGAGUGAAGAGAUGACAGAACGGAACAUGUCCAGAUGACAACAGAUAACACAGUCCAAAUAUGCUGACAUAGCAGGCAGAGUGUUUGACAGCUCAACAACACACCCUUCCUCUUGCCGCCGCCCACUCAUCGUCCGUCCAGCCAUGUUGUUUAGGAGGAAGCUGUGGGUUGCCCUGAUGAUCACUGCCAUCCUCUUCCUCGCCAGUCAGAGCAUCCGGAGGAGACUCUUUCUGCCUCUGUCAUUAGCCAUGCACUUUAGAUGGGUCACGCCCACCAGCAGGGAGACAGUAGUUGAACCCACGGCGCCUCCUGCUGAUCCGACCCCUGACCCUCCCAGGACCCCCCCUCCUCCCAGCACCACCCAACCUGAAGCUGAGGAGAAGCCUGUAGAGAACUCCCAGUAUGACCUGAGGUCGUGUAGUUGUACGGAGUCUUGUAUUUCAGACCUGGGGGGGUCAGACUGGUUCAGCCGGCGCUAUGACCCCAAACAGCAGCCCGUCCUCCAAGACCCUAACAACAACAACAACAACUUUGACCCUGAAGCACUCAGAUGGUGGCUGAGUCUUCAGCGGUCCGGGAACGACCAUACUCUAAAGGAAGUGAUGUUAGAUAUGUUCAAGGUCAUUUCCCCACCCACUGUGGACUUCAGGCCCCCUUCCUCCCGUUGCCGUAGUUGUGCGGUGGUUGGUAACUCCGGCAACUUGCUGGGGUCAGAAAACGGCAACCUGAUCAACUCCCACGACUACGUAAUCCGGAUGAACAAGGCGGUGACUCGAGGAUUUGAGAAAGACGUAGGGAAUCGGACAACGCAUCACUUCCUGUACCCGGAAAGUGCGGUGGACGUUGAUCGUGGCGUCAGCCUCGUCCUGUUGCCGUUCAAACUGAGAGACCUGGAGUGGCUGACCAGCGCGCUGUCCACCGGCCAAGUCAAAAUGACCUACAUGAGGGUUAAAGACCGAGUGCAGGCUGAUAAAGACAAGGUUCUGGUGGUGAACCCAGUGUUCUUUAAGUAUGUUCAAGAUCGUUGGACCGAGGGUCACGGUCGCUAUCCGUCCACUGGCAUGCUGGCCAUCAUCUUCGCUCUGCACACCUGUGACCAGGUGUCGGUGUUCGGUUACGGCGGUGACCAGCAGGGGAACUGGCAUCACUACUGGGAGGAGAAUCGCUAUGCUGGAGCCUUCAGGAAGACCGGAGUCCACAGCGCCGAAUUUGAAACGCAGAUCAUCCACCAGCUCGCCAAGGAGGGCAAGAUCAGUCUGCACCUGGGACGGAACCACUGACCUGCUGACCCCCAGACAAGCCUACAGACCUUUUGAUCUACAGACUGACCUACAUAUAGACCAACAGACGUGCUGGCCAGCCGACAGACCUAAAGACAGAUCUGCUGACUGACAGACCAAUCGGCUUACUGAUCAUUCACCACUUAAUUGUUUUGACCAAGAACCAGCUACAUCUUAUCUGGUAUUCGACUGAGUCUGGUUGCUUACGGCACACCGGGCUGCCACGGCUUGU